CCUCCUCCAUCGUCAACUCGUCAUCGCUUCCACCGUAAUCAGAUUCUCCUCCGUCCGUGGCAUCGAAAUCAGAGCAGAUCUACCGUAGCCGUUCUCGAGAGGUUGAUUGAUUGCUGCAAAGCAACUAUUGUUCUUUCUUUCAAGCUCCAGGGCUCGCUAUCACCAGAAGGUAUAUAUCUCUUUCCCUCCUCCACAAGAUGUAGGCUGAACAAUGAAUUGCAAGCUAAUGAUGGUCUUCCCAGCAAAGGCCUUUUCUAUGAGAUGUCAUCUCUUGUAGAUUGAUCAAAGUCUGAAGCUUUGUGGCAACUUGUGUUGUGGGUAUCUCUCUUUCCUUUAAGCAGCCAUGACCUGAGCUUCGGUGAUCCUGAUUAUGAUGUAUGACCUUGUAUUACUACAUUUAUGUGCACACAUCUAGACUGAAAGAUCAUCAAAUUGGAUAAAAAUGCUAACUAUUAGAGACAGGAAGAAAAGACACAUUAAUCCGGCUACAGGCUACUCCUAGCCUGUUCUAUGUUUUCAUCGUUUCUGUGGAUAUCUUGUGACAAAGCAGUAUCUGCAAAGGUUUGAGAUUGUGCUUGUGUCUCAACCUUGUUCUUGUCCAAGCUUGGGUGUCCUGGCUGCAAGGAUUAGUAGUAGUACUGCAUGCAUAUCAGAAGCCUUCAUGUGGGCAUAUGGUCUUUGCAUUUGGCUAAGCUGUUUCUUGGAAGAAUCAGACUUGUAUGUAUGGUCUUGUUUAAUCCUUCACAAUACUCAUGAUAAGGAUUCUGUUACUUUGUUUCGAUAAGUAUUCCCAAUUACAGAUGAUUGCAUAAGUGUUCUCUCACUGUUAAUACUGAAAACAAUUGCAGAAACUGCUACCAAUGACGAUAAUCUGGUUCUUUAGAUCUUCUUCACAGGAGAGUAUGUAUUGCUACCAUAUUUGGGUUCUUACAAUGGUUGCUAGAGUUUCGUGGUGAUGAAACUAAAAUUUCUAUGGAUUUUUAUUUUAGUGAGUCCUAAAUCCUAGUUAGCAGUAUCUCCUCCUAACGUGGCAAUUUUUAUUUGUUAGUAUCAAUCCAGAAUUGAGCAGAAAGAACAUCUGCAACUCUCUCUGUCUGCAUGAAAAAUCCCUACUAUCCAAUAUAGAAGGCUUAUUGUCUUGGAUUCUAUAACUGGUAACUGAAAAUCUGACGAGAACAGGUUUUGACAACAAUGUCAAACAUAUCUAGGUGUUUGAUAACUUGGGUGCACGCAUGCUUUGAUCUGUCGGUUUCUUCAUGUAUUACUUUGCAGAGGUUUAUUGAUUGUCGUCAGUCCUUGUGUGUAAAGGAAGUUCAACUUGAAUUAGCUACUAUCUUUCAUUGUGAAAUGCUCAGGUAUUGCAUUCAAUCUCAGGACAUUUUGACACCUUUGGAUGGCUGAUACAGAAGGGGAGGAGCGCGGAACAGGGAGGGAUGAGCUUGCUGACUCCUUAAAUGAUCUCUUCAUUAGCAUCUCAUCUAUGGUGAAGGGAGAGCUUCAGGGGGCGAAUAACUCUCUUGCACUGCUCGAGAAGAUGAACCUAAGAGUAGCUGAAGAGUACGAGAGCUUUGGCGAUGUGGCUUCUGGGCAGAAAGUUUUCGUCGAGCAACUGAAGACUAAAAGUGGCAGCUUUGAUAUAUAUGUUCAACAAAUCGAUGCAAUAGAGCAGCAGGUGACUGAGUUUGAAGCUGUGAUCUCUAUGCUCGACAAAUACGUUUCUUUGUUAGAAUCCAAAGUGCAAUCUGUGUACCAGCAACAUCAUCCACCCUCUUAAGUCUUAAGUUACCUAAACUCUGUUUUCUACUGCAAUUCUUUCAAUUAGUUCAAUUAUGUUUGCAGCUCAUUGUAGUUUUCCUUUCUGGCAUGGUGAUUGCUCGAAAUCUGCUCAUUUUCUGGUGAUUGCGACUACCAUGUUGUGGUAAAUCGAACCGUGGAGUUAAACUACAGCAUUAUGAAGAACUAAAACAAUGCAAGAAAU